GCAAAACUACUUCUGCUAAGGGCCAAAUUUUAUAUGGCACAUGGACUCCUAUGACAAACUGAAACCAUUUGGAAUUUGUAUCAAUGGGGCUAUUGAUGGUUUUUCAAGGAAAAUAAUGUGGCUCAAUGCCUACAUAACAAGUAGUGAGCCGAAGUUGAUUGGAGGUUACUACAUCGACGUUGUGCGCCGUUUGGGGGGUUGUCCUCGAAUCGUUCGAGCUGAUCUUGGGACUGAAAAUGGUCACGUUAAAGGCUUUCAGCGUUUCCUCGUGCCAAUACCGCCAGGCAACACUCUUGACAGUUACUUGGAUGGAGCCAGCACCGCCAAUCAAAGAAUUGAAUAUUGGUGGCGGUUUCUUCGCAGCCAUUGCAUGGAGUUCUGGUUAUCCCUCUUCACAGACCUCAGAGACAAUGGCUUCUUUGAUGGUGGAUUUCAGGACAAAAACAUCCUACAAUUUUGUUGCAUGGGACUUAUUCAGGAUGAGUUGGAUGACACGGCCCUAGUUUGGAACAGCCAUCUCAUCAGGCCCUCAAAGAACAUGAAUGUCCCCAGUGGUCGGCCCAACGUGAUGUAUAUGUUACCUGAACUUUAUGGUACAAGGGACUUCCUCUCCCCGGUUGACAAUGAACAAGUUCAACUGUGCAAAAGCCAGUGUGUCUUUCGUUUGACCAUGCCUUGUGAUCCAGAUGUAUUUGGAUUGUGUGCUUUUUUUAAUGGCCCAGUCCGAUCUAAUGCCACCAAAAGAUCCAUUUCAGGCUGUGAACUUGUAUUUACACCUCAGAGAGGCCCUCACCGCUACUCUUUAAGAUAAGAGAAGAAAACCUUUAUUAGUCUCGCAAUGGAGAAAUUCCCAAUUCACAGCAGCAAAUUUAUGAAAGGAAGAAUAUAAAAUAUACAAAAUAUAGGAGCUGCUGGAAAGGCAGCCACUCUCACGGCGCCAUUUUGAAGUCAAAAUAACACAACACAUAGGACAGACAGCCGUGCAAUCUUCACCAAUUUUCUGCAUACACUUUAUAAAUUACAGCAAUCUAUGUAUUGCUUGGUGUUUGGACCAAACUAUAUUACGGCUCCUCAACUGGUGUGAGAAGUAACAUUUACUGACGCCUGAAUUUGACCAUUGUCAUUUCUUUUAUCACUUCACCUUCAAAGGAUAAUUGAAACACUUUUGAUGACAAAUAAUAUAUACCCAUCAUAAUUAAAAGCAUUGUUUAUCUGCUGUUUUUCUACCUGUACAGUAUUAGGACAACAUAUUUGAUCUACAAUAUAAAAUGUUUGUCUGUCAAAGCAUUAUUGGUGUAAAUAAACAUUCUUUCUUGGUUGCUGA